AUGCAAUCCCCACAGCAAUUUGAGGAUAUAGCUGAUGCAAUCUAUGGCGACGGCGUCACCAGUGGUUUGGGCAGCCUUCAAACUGCGAGUGGGCUUGGAUUGGGGGAUUUGGCGGCCGGGGGCCUGUGGGCUGUGGCGCUGUAUUUCUGCAGCCCUCUGCAGCUGCUGCUGCUGUUCCUGGGCCGCAUAGAGACCGAGCGCCCCUCUGACUGGGUCCUCCGCCAGCUUGGCCGGCUGACAGGCCAGAGGGUGGAGGACCCAGCAUACAGCGCACCGCUGCUCAUCCGAGUGCCCACAGUGCUGCUCUUUGCAGCGAGCGGCGCAGCAGUGGCGUGGGCCUUUCAGGCGGGGCUGGGGGAUGGCACUUGGAGCAUCUCCACUGGAAUUGGCGCCUGCAUGGCGGCUGCUGUGUAUGAAGUCGGGCGGCCGGAUCGGCUCAAUCCGGAAGAGGCAGUGGAGCUUGAGAGUCAGUGGCAGGAAUUUGCGCGAUUUGCGGAUGCAAGGCUACAGCGCAGCGGCCGCUGCCACGAAAGCGAAAUCAGGGCAGCGCUCAAAGUGGAGGUCAGAAGGUUUCGCAGCCCCGACAGCCUCAGCAGUUCUGCUCUGCGUGACAUGAUCAGGAAUUGGCAUCCAAAUGCAGAGAGGACGGCGUCUGGGUACUAUAAGAACCUGGCAUUGCGGCAGAGGGUUGACCCUUUCACAGGGGAAAUGACAGGAAGCGCUGCAGCAGUUGGAACGUCCAAGAGUGAAAUUGCAUGA